AUUUUCAAAAAAAAAGUAAUAGUGCUUGACGUCAUGCGAGCGAUGAGUAUUUAGCGAUAGUGGUUUCAUUAUUUGGUGGUGUUUUAGUGGACUUAAUAUUAAUGUUUCUUGUGAAAUAACAAAAAUGGAGACCGAAAGGAUGAUAGAAGAUACCAUAGCACCCCAGGUGACGUCAAUCACCAGCGUGGACUCCGGCGUGCGGCCGAUGCCGAGCAGCGCCGCGUACGCAGCAGAAAGAGACGCCUGUCUCAACUACUUCACGAGAUGGAACGAAACGGACCAAGUGGAAUUCGUGGAGCAGCUACUGGCGCGGAUGUGCCACUACCAGCACGGCCACAUCAAUGCCUUCCUGAAGCCCAUGCUACAGAGAGACUUCAUCAGUAUGCUGCCCAAAAAGGGUCUCGACCACGUAGCAGAGAAUAUCCUCUCCUAUCUAGACGCCAGUUCGCUGUGUGCUGCUGAGCUGGUGUGCAGAGAGUGGCGGCGGGUCAUAUCUGAGGGUAUGCUGUGGAAGAAACUCAUCGAGAGGAAAGUCCGCACCGAUUCCCUUUGGAGAGGGCUCGCGGAACGGAGAGGAUGGAUUCAAUACCUAUUCAAGCCGAAACCAGGUAGUCAGCAUCCGUCCCACUCGUUCUACAGAACACAGUACCCGAAGAUUAUAAAAGAUAUACAGUCCAUUGAAGAUAAUUGGAGAAUGGGCAAACAUAAUUUGCAGAGGAUAAACUGCAGAUCGGAGAACUCAAAAGGCGUGUACUGCUUGCAAUAUGACGACAACAAGAUUGUGUCCGGCCUAAGAGACAAUACUAUUAAGAUAUGGGAUAGGAAAUCAUUGCAAUGUGUCAGGGAACUGCAAGGGCACACAGGCUCGGUCCUAUGCCUACAGUACGACGAGCGAGCGAUAAUAUCGGGAUCGUCAGAUAGUACGGUGCGAGUAUGGGACGUGAACACGGGCGCCAUGUUGAACACGCUCAUACACCACUGCGAGGCCGUGCUGCAUCUCCGGUUCUGCAACGGGAUGAUGGUCACGUGUAGCAAGGAUCGUUCGAUAGCGGUGUGGGACAUGACAUCGACGACAGAGAUCAUGCUGCGGAGAGUACUGGUCGGGCACCGCGCCGCCGUCAACGUGGUAGACUUCGACGAGAAAUAUAUUGUUAGUGCUAGCGGCGAUCGAACUAUUAAGGUAUGGAACACAUCGUCGUGCGAGUUCGUCCGCACGCUGAACGGCCACAAGCGCGGCAUCGCGUGCCUGCAGUACCGCGACCGACUCGUGGUCUCCGGCUCCUCGGACAAUACCAUCCGGCUCUGGGACAUCGAGUGCGGACAGUGCAUACGGGUGCUGGAGGGACACGAGGAACUCGUGCGCUGCAUACGUUUCGACAACAAGCGCAUAGUGAGCGGCGCGUACGACGGCAAGAUCAAGGUGUGGGACCUGCCCGCCGCGCUCGACGUACGUACGCCGCACCAGGAACUCUGUCUCAGGACGCUCGUCGAGCACACGGGUCGCGUGUUCCGGCUGCAGUUCGACGAGUUCCAGAUCGUGUCCUCGUCGCACGACGACACGAUCCUCGUGUGGGACUUCCUCAACUACGGCGGCGCCUCGCCCGCCUCGCACGCGCCGCCCCGCGCCCGCUCGCCCGACCUAGACCGGGACAGGGACCACGACUUGUACGACUAGUAUUUUAUGUAAGGACAAAAACUAAGACUUAUUUUAUGAUGCGGCGCCGCCCGCGGCGUCGAGUGACUGACGAUGACGUCACAAGGAAUCAAACCCGUUACCAUGACGACCCGAGCUGAGGGCCUUCACGACAUUUACAUUCAUUUGAGAUGUCUAACAAAAAAAUAAACGGAAAUAUAUAAAAAAAUAACUCAAAACUGAUGUCUACUGUAAGUUCCUUUUAAAAUAUUUUGCCUAAACUCACCCCCAAGUUUGCUCUCAAUAAUUUGGUUUGAUGACUUAUUUUUCUUUUAUGUAAGUCGGCCAAGUUAUUUAGUAUAUAGGUAAGAAAAUGAAAAUUUCUCAGUAGUAGCACGGAGUCUGGAAUUGUGUCCAGUAUAUGGCAAUAGGCUCACCCCCUAUUACAUGGGACUUAUAACAUACAUUGUGAAAAGUGGGUGUACAUUGUAUAGCGGCAUUAUGUGCCGUAAUGUGCACCUCUGCCUACCCCUUCGGGGAUAAGUAAGAAAAUAAAGCUAGAUUCAGUACAGAGACAGUAGCUAUUGUUAUACUAAAUUGUACGCUUUGUAACGAAGCCAUAUCUUUUGUAACUCAGUCGGCGCUAGACAACCAAUGGUUGCUGUCUCUGUACUGAAUCUAUCUUUAUUUUCUUACCUGUAUACUAAAUAACUUGGUUACUAAUAAUAUUUUAAAACAUUAGACACGUAUUUAUUUAUUUUCUUACUCUAACAAAUACUUUACUUUUAAAAUAUAGCUUGACGUCACUUCUAGCGUACGUUUUAUACUUAGAAAUGACGUGGCUAAACUUAAAAGUAUUGUUAUCUUAUAUGACAAAAUAAAAAAAUACGUGUCUAAUAUUUUUCCAUUACCUAACUGAUGGACUAAAUAGAUUUUUAAUUUUCAUACCCCGUCAUCAUCCCUAUUGUACUAAAAUGAUCUCAUGAUGUUACUGAUUUAUACUAUCUAUAGUUAUACACACGGCGAUAAUAAUACCAGUUUAAACUGACCGUCGAAUGAGCGAAAAGGUCAAUAAAGCGAGACCAUGACAAACUGGUUUUAUAUACGGUGACCGGUAAUUAGUGAACGAUAUUUAAACACGUGAUUGUACUCAUGAUUACAAACAACUUUCCCGAAGAAACUUUUUUUGUAUACUCAUUAGUUUUGUUUUUAUCGCAAUAAUAAAACAACAAAAUUUCGCGCGCGUGCUUUCGUAUGAUCAGCUGUUAGCAGCGAGGCGCCCGCGUUAUAGGAAGACUAGUAACUAGGUAGAUUACUUACUUUGUUAUUGAAAUAAAAAUAAAACUAAUGAGUAUACAAAAUAACUUUCUUCGGGAAAGUUGUUUGUAAUCAUGAGUACAAUCACGUGUUUAAAUAUCGUUCACUAAUUACCAGUCACCCUAUAUUGCUCGAUGAUUUUUUGGCAAAUGUUUUGAAUUUUGUAAUCUCGAAGGCAUAAUGACUAGCCAGUUGUGUCAGAGACAUUUAAUGAUUACUUAAACUAUUCCUUAGUAACGAUUUUGUUCUGAAAACAAUCGCUAAGGACUGGGUUAAGUAACCAUUAAAUGACUCUGAUUACGGCGGUUAUUGACUAAAAGCAAACUUGGGUUUAUAUUUAUGUAUAUAUGAUUUCUUCUAAUAUAUUGUAAUUUUGUACGUAAAAGAUUGGAUUUUUUGAAAUAUUAAAAAAUUAGUUCUUUGGGGGAUAAAAAACGGUUUUGUUUCAAUAUUGGCCCCUUUUUCUCCAGCCCCUUAACUGUCUUUUAACUAAGAGUUACUUAGCGUGAGAGAGAAGCUAUAUUGUCAGAUAUCACUUUAUAACUAGUAGAGCUUUCCUCCAUGAAAAUACGUGAGUAAACCCUAAUUUUAAGUUAAUUCAGUAUGUCUCUCAUAUAAAAAUAUCUACACAAUAGCGAAAUCUCACUCCUUCAUAAUGAUAUUUUUUGAUAUUUCGAAAAAUCCAUCCAUAAAACGAAUUUGAUUAUGAUUAGUUGUCAACAUCUUUUGUUUAAAAAUGAUUUAAAUAAUGUUGUAAACUACUAAAGGAAAGCGAGAUUUUUGAGAAAAAUGGGACCGAUGUAUGUUAUAGUUCAAAUGGUAUAAGCUUUGCUGGUAGGGGGGGGGGGAGAAGGAACGGGGUGGUUUUUAGUCAGUAAGAGUCUGACACUCCCUCUCGCCUCGCCCAAGGCGGGAGAAGUCAUUGAAUGAUUUCCCCCUCAAAAAAAAGGGAGGGGGGUUAAAUCUAGAGAGCGCCCUAGACAAGCACCUCAUAGGUGGUCCUAAGUUAUUUAAUCCCCGCCGUCACUCUAUGGGCAGUUGGACACGCGCGUCUCGCAGCGCCCCUCUGUAACUUGGCGCCCUAGGUAACGGUAAAAUGGGGUGAAUAGAAACUCAGGGGGUGAAUAGAUUUUUUUUUAUUAGGAUUAUUAGUUUGUUUUCAUGUUUUUGAUUUUAAUAGAGCAUUUUUGGUUUUAAUCAUGAAUUAAUAAAAAAAUAUUAUAAUGGUGUAAACAGUUCUAAAUUACGUGAAAAAACAACAAAAUGUCGUUCCUAUUCACCCCUCAUUUGUUUCUAUUCACCCCGUUUUACGGUACUUGACUAGUUUGUCUUACUAGACGUCCUGCGUAAUGCUUUGUUCGCAUUACUCUAGUAUUUUAGUCCAGUAGUGAGUACUUUGUAACUCUCUCUCGCUUCUAUCCCAAUUAGGUAGCAUCCUCGGUCAAAAAUAAAUGAUUACAACUUUUCAAUACAAUAAAAUAUUAAAAAAUAA